AUAUAUAUAUUUAUGUAUAUAUAAAUGUUUUUUUUGGUGUGUUUUUUUUAAUUAUAUAUAAAUUUUUUUAAUUGAGUUUGUUGGGGAGUAUAAGAGAAGGCAUGCCGACGCCGGUGGGAAGCGCGAGAGCAUGUGUGGCCGGAGACGCCGCGCGGGCGCUGGACGAGGCGGUGGCCGUCGCGCGACGGCGGGCGCACGCACAGACGACGUCUCUGCAUGUUGUCUCUGCGCUGCUGUCGCCGUCGUUUCACUCGCCGAUGCUGAGAGAUGCGUUGGCACGUGCAAGGAGCGCGGCAUACUCGCCGAGAUUGCAGUUCAAGGCGCUGGAGCUUUGCUUUGGGGUGGCGCUUGAUAGGUUGCCGUCGGCGCACCCGCCGCCGGCGGAGCCGGCGGUGUCGAACUCGCUCAUGGCGGCUAUAAAGAGAUCGCAGGCGAAUCAGCGCCGGAAUCCGGAUACGUUUCAUUUGUAUAGUGGGGGAGCGGCUGGGGCGACGUCGGUGGCGGGAGUGAAGGUUGAGCUUCAGCAGAUGCUGAUGGCGAUACUUGAUGAUCCGGUGGUGAGCCGGGUGUUUGGCGAGGCAGGGUUCCGGAGCUGUGACAUCAAGCUCGCUGUGCUCCGGCCCCCUCCGCAGAUUCUCCGGUUUCCGCGCUCUGCUCGGUGCCCUCCUCUCUUUCUCUGCAACUUCGAUUCCCCGUUCCCCUUCCCCUUAUCCUCCGAUGUUGGGGAUGAGAAUUGCCGCCGAAUCGGUGAAACCCUAACGAAAUCAAGCUGUAAAAAUCCGAUUUUGAUCGGCGUCGGAGCAGCGGAGGCGGGGCGAGAUUUCGCUAGGGCUAUUGAACAGAAGAACGCGAGCAUCGUCCCUGCAGAGCUCCGAGGAGUGAAGCUAUUGAGGAUUGAGAAUUGGAACUCAGGGGAAGUUGAGGAGAUGGGGAAAGGGGCAGGAGUGGUGGUGAUUUUGGGGGAUUUGAAGGGGUUAGUGGAGUGUUCAACGAUAAGUGGAGUGGUGGAGGAGGUGACAGCAGCGUUGCUCGCCGGAAAAGGGAGGGUUUGGGUGAUGGGGUGGUCUGCGACGUAUGAGACGUAUAUGAAGCUCUUGUCCAAACAUCCAUGUCUGGAUAAAGAUUGGGAUUUACAACUCCUUCCCAUAACUUCAGUGAAGAAUAGUUCUGGAGGAUCUCUCACAAGGUCUCACAGUUUGAUGGAGUCAUUUGUUCCAUUUGGUGGUUUUUUCCCCUUGGCAUGCGAGUCAAAAUAUACAAUGAACAGUACAUGCCAACCAAUGUUUCUCCGCUGCCAAUUAUGCAAUGAUAUGUAUGAGCAAGAUGUUGCUGCUAUUGCCAAGGGAUGGUCUAACACUUCAAAGGAAGAUCAGCGGCAAGAAAUAUUGCCUUCUUGGUUGCGGAAUACUGAAACUGAUACUUCAAAUAAGGGAUUGGAUUUCACAAAGGCCAAAGAUGACAAAGCUUUGUUGAAUGCCAAAGUGCUGGAUUUGCAGAAGAAAUGGGAUGACAACUGUAAGCGUCUGCACUGUGGGUCUCAGAUGAUUGAAACAGAUAGCUAUCAGUUGUUUCCGCACAUUGUUCGUCUCCAAUAUGUUCCGGAUAAACAGAAGCUAGAGGUGGAUAAGAAACAGAGUAGCAACUGGGCUCAUGCUUUUCCGAUCACAGAGGUCCUAGAGGCGAAAAACUUAUUAUCAGAACUUCAGGUGAGACCAACUUCAACAAGUGAACAGCCUCAGACAGACGGUUUCCAAUCUCAUCCAGUUUUAUCAGACAUGAAUACACCUGAUGAACAUGCUUCACCUUCUUCUGUGACUUCUGUUACUACAGAAUUGGUUCUGGGAACACCUCUGGAGGCAGAACCAGCUUCUCAGGCAAAGGCAGAACCUAGAAGCAUUGCCGAAGUUCAUGUUCAAUCGUAUUCCUCUUGUUGUUCCUCAGAUUCCUGGCUGAAAGGUAAGAAGAAGCCGACCGGUUGUUUUUCUCCUGACAGUCAAUCUGAGCCAAGAGAUUUCAAGGCAAUUUUUCAUGGUCUUGUUGAUAAAGUAGGCAGGCAAGAGGAAGCUAUAUGGGCAAUUAGCCAAGCGAUACUUAGCUGCCGAUUAGGCGCUGAAAGGCUUCGCAGUGCAAGUCAGAAAGGAGAUAUCUGGUUCAGUUUCCAUGGACCUGAUAAGGUUGGGAAGAGAAAGGUUGCAUUGGCUCUUUCAGAAUUGAUGUUUGAUAGCAGAGAAAACUUCGUUUCUGCUGACCUUAAUUGCCAAGAUGACAUUGUUGGUCCAAAUGCAAUAUGUUACAUUCCUGAAAGUGAUGUCUAUGAUAUGAAUUUUCGAGGCAAGACACUAACCGAUCACAUCGCUGUGGAGCUGAGCAAGAAGCCAUGGUCGGUUGUCUUCUUAGAAAACGUGGACAAAGCUGAUUUGCUUGUUCAGAAUGCCUUAUCCCAAGCCAUUCGGACUGGGAAAUUUUCUGAUUCUCAUGGAAGAGAGAUCAGCAUUAACAAUGCUAUCUUUAUAACAACAGCAAAUACAGUUCAUGGUAAAGAAUGUGCUCGUUUCUCAGAAGAAAUAGUUCUCUCGGCCCAGAGAUGUCAAAUGAAAAUAUCAUUAUUAGAUCUCCUUGCAGAUGCUCCAAGCAUAAUGCCGAAAGGAAAUGUCUUAGUGAUCAGUUCUCAGAAAGAAUCUUCGGCUUUUAUAACUAAACGAAAGUUAGAUGCUCCAGAUGACAUCAGAGAGCAUCGCGCAAAUAAGACCUUCAAGACAUUCCUGGAUUUGAACCUUCCUGUUGAAGAGUUGUCAGGAACUGAUUCACAAUGCAGCAGUGCUGAUGAGAAUAAUUCAGACUCAUGGGUGGAAGAAUUCUUCAAAUCAAUGGACGAGAGAGUGAACUUCAAGCCUUUCGACUUCGAUGUUCUGGCCGAUAACAUAAUAAAAGAAAUAUCCUAUAAAUUUCUUCGAACAAUCGGGCCGGAUUACAUCCUAGAGAUUGAUAUAAAAGCAAUGCUGCAAAUACUAGCAGCAUCAUGGUUAUUAGAGGAAAGAAGUGCGUUGAGUAACUGGAUUGAAAGGACAUUAUGCAGGAGCUGCAACGAGGCGCGGCAGUGCCGUGUCCGCAAUGCCUCAUCUCCUUCAGUUCUCAGGCUUGUUGCUUGUGAAGAUGAACUAAUGGAACAUCAAGCUCCAGGGAUUCUUCUUCCUUCAAGAAUUAGUUUGACUUGAGAUGGAAAGUUCAAGAAUUUCAUGGUUGUUGUAAUUAGUUCUUGUAUGAUAUGGAUUUGUACUAUAUGAUACUUUAUUAUUAUUAGUCUGUGAUGCACUGUUGUUGAUACUGUAUUGUAGUGAAUUUUACUUAUGCCUUCCUUUAAAAA